AUGGUAGCCGCCGCAUUGACGAGAUCGCGAUUCGUGGCAACCCUGCCGCGAAGCUACAUUCAAACUUUCACGCGUGCAUACACUGCUACUGCACCUAAGAAGGCAGCAAAGAAUCGUCUCUACAACUCUGUACGCUACGAAGACGAGUUCGAAACCCUAAAUCUGCUUUCGGCAAGCAGUCGCAUACCUCUGAUCACUCUCUGGUCAGCAUCUUGGUGUCCAUCCUGCAAAGUAAUCUCUCCGCUGCUCAAGGGGCUCAUCAAUGAAGGUGUUGGUGAAGCUCAAGGUGGUGUUUCAUAUGCUGAGAUUGAGCUCGACUCUCCAACUCUAGGAGGCUUGGCUAUGAGAUAUCAAGCUCAGUUGGAGACCAAAGUUCACAAGGUGGAGGACAUGAAGAAUAGACAAUUCCUUAUCAACUGGAUCGAGACGGAAGCAAAGCGUCACGGCGAGGGCGGUGCUGGAGGCAGCAGUCUGUUCAGCUUGUUCGGACGCUAG